AUGGCUCCCAUGGACUUCUUCGUCAAGCUGAGAAACACCUAUUUUGGCCAUGCAGACAAGGACAGGCCAGUUAUUUCGCCUACCACGGCAGCCGUUCUAUCGGUCACUUGCACGCUAAUAUACGUGGUCCCUUUCUAUCUGUCCUCAUCAACCCGACCAUCGCCCACCCUAAAUCGCGACGCCCCCAGCGUCAUCCGUGCACGCAUUCGGGCCGUCACUUUGGCCUGUAUCAUCGCCAGCGCCGCCACUCUCUAUGUGUUGACCAGAACAGCGAAGCUCUCCCUGUCCGAGGCUUUGCACAUGCUGGGUUGUUGGCCAGUUCGACCUUUGGACCUGUUCAAGUCCUUGACCCUGACAUUCCUGUUAUAUAUUGGACCGCUUUUUGAGAAGAUCUUCAUCGAAAGAGAUCUCGACGAUCUGCUCCAUCGUGGUAUCGCUGCGACUAGUGAAACUCUCAGCAGUUGGCAAGGUUACAGGAACUUCGUCGCUGGACCCGUGACGGAGGAAAUAAUCUUUCGCUCUGUUCUCGUUCCCAUACACCUACUCGCUAAAGUCGCACCCAGCAAAGUCGUCUUCCUGACACCACUCUACUUCGGCAUCGCACAUAUCCACCACUUUUAUGAGUUCCACUUGACGCACCCUCACGUCUCAAUCUUGCCAGUGCUGCUAAGGUCGCUAUUCCAGUUCACCUAUACUACACUCUUUGGGUGGUUUGCAGCGUUCAUCUACCUGCGUACGGGCUCGGUCUACGCCUGUAUCAUCAUUCACUCAUUCUGCAACUGGGCUGGUCUUCCUCGCUUCUGGGGCCGCGUAAGAAGGCGGGAGGAAUAUCCUAUCUCCCCACUUGCUAUCCGCGGAAAAGACGAUACAGACGCCGUCCAGGCGCAAGGAAAGGGCGAGAAAUUGGGGUUGAGGUGGACGGUGGCAUAUUAUCUACUUCUAGUGGCGGGUGCAUUUGCAUUUUAUCGAGGGCUGUGGCCAUUGACGACAUCCGAGGCGGCUUUGUCCGAGUUUGCAAGAAAUAAACGCAAGACAUAA